AUGGACUUUGGCUAUGCUCAGAAUUACGGAGGUUACACCACCCCGGGCUAUUAUUACCCACCGCCAGCUGCGUACGGUUACCCCCCACCCGCCUACGGUGGUGCACCCUACUACGCCAAUGCUCCAUAUGGCUACGCUCCCUACGGUAUAUAUGACGCCGGCUACGGUAGGGGGUAUCUAGGGGGUGGACGCUAUACAGGGUACGGCGCUGGACAAGGUGUGUACAGAGAUGUCGGCCAAUAUGGGACAAACCAAGGGUACGGAAACGCUGCCGGGUAUGGUGGAUUUGGUCAAGGCGCCAACAAAGCGUACAACGGAUUUGGUCAGAACUACGGUGGCUUUGGGAAUCGUGCAAGCAACGGCUAUAAUUCCUACUCCGCGGUGAGCAAGACGUACAAUGCCGUCAAACAAGAGGGCGGUUUCAGUGACGAAGGGGCCAGCGGAAACUAUGGUGCGGUUGGAAACCAGGCUGGGUACGGGAACGCCGCCAAGGAGGGUCUAUACCGCCAGGGUUAUAACGGUGGUUACGGCGCAGGGACAGGCGGAUACGGCACAAGAUACGGUGCUGCUGUAGGCCAGUAUGGAACGUUGACUCAAGGCUUGGGGUACGGCGGGGGUGCAGGGGCCUAUGGGGUCGGUCCUUACUACGGAUAG